ACCGACUAUGUCGUUACACUGCUGAAGAGCAAAAAUGAUGUUUUUAAUCUAUCUACUUGUAUUUCUACAUAUCAGCAGUCAUGUACAUUGCGAGAUAAGAAACAGUGUUGUGAUGAAUAAGUUGAUCCAAGUGAAGCCUGUAGGUGCAAGAGUGGCCAAGAACUUUGUGCCCCUAACAGAGAUUCCUCCACCGAAGAAACCUCACCCGGGGAGACGUCAUAUGGAGGAAUGCAAUGAGAGACCCAGCUAUAAAGAGAUGCACGGAGCUAAAGUUGAUAUCUUGGGAGACUAUUAUGGCGAGCGGUUGGCCAAGACCGUGGCUACAGUUAUCAUACCUGAUCAUAUUGACCGUAAACACUUCGAAGUAACAACACAAGUGCCAUACCUUACUGUUGGGCCGAUAGAAGCCAUUGGUUACCAUCCGAGCACAAUAAAAAGCGAACAUCCAAGUGAAUGCGAGAGGAUCUACCAAGAUCACCUGGCUGAGUUAUACACUGACGAGACAACGGACUACUCCGAAGAGUCACUGGAAAUGGCCAGAAUGCCACUAUUCCCUGAUAAAGUUUUUCCGAGAUUGAUCGAGGAGCGCUUGGAAAAUAUGUACAGCGAAAUAGGUGUAUAAAUACGAAUUUGUUUUACUACUUUUAUAAUUUCUUAUUAAAAUAAAAUAUA